AUGAGUCAAGCUGGAGUAGAUACUUCUUAUCAAGAAGAUUUAUUAAAGGCUGUACGUGAUGGGGAUGCCAUUGAAUUGCAGAAAAUCCUUCAGAGAUGGGAAGGAUGUGUUAAUAUUAACUAUUACGACAAGGAAGGCCAGACUGCCCUGCACUUGAGUUGUAUGGAUGGUAAUUUAGAACUUGUAAAACUUUUAGUAAAAUUUGGAGCAGAUGUGCGGCUUGCAAAUCGAGAUGGUUGGAGUGCAUUACAUAUUGCUGCCUAUGGUGGUCAUCAAGAUAUUGCUCUUUACUUAAUAGCCAAUUCAUCAAGGAGGUAG